ACAGAUCCUAAACACAACCAUUACCAUUUUACACAACUUCAAUUAGAAAAGAAACUUGCAUUGCUUACCAAAAAUGGAAAGCGUAAGGAAUCUAGUGAAUGAAAAGCCAUUAGUGAUCUUCAGCAAAAGCUCAUGUUGUGUGUCUCAUUCAAUGAAGCAACUAAUGAGUAGCUAUGGAGCCAAUGCAACAAUAUAUGAGCUUGAUGAAAUCCCUAAUGGGAAUGAGGUUGAAAAGGGUCUUACAAGUAUGGGGAGUAAGCCAAGUGUGCCAACUAUUUUUAUUGGAAAUAAGUUUGUUGGUGGGUCCAAUGAAAUUCUUAGCCUUCAAAUUCAGGGAAAAUUGGUGCCUAUGCUUAUUGAAGCUGGUGCCAUUUGGGUUUGGAAGUAGAUCAUUUGGGUAUAGAUAAAAGAUUUAGGGUGUGUUUUCGGGAAAUGACGUUUUUUGGUUGGGUUUUUAGUUGACUUUUGGUUUUGGAUUUUUGGUUGGUUAAAUAGGCUGACUUUUAAGUCAAAACUAAAGUGGUCAA